AUGUCUACAUCAACAUCAAUUGAACAACAGCAUCAAGAAUUUAAACGACAAAUUUCAACUCAAGAUACAUAUCCAUGUUUUCUUCUUGAUCAAACAUUUCAACAACGUAUAUUAAGUCCAACAUCAAAUGUAAUGCCAUCAUUUUUAUCAACACAAACAUUUUCACCAUUAGGUAAGAGUCCAAUACCAACAUUAACAACAAAUACUAGUCGAUUAUCAACAAAACAAUCAAAUCAAUAUCGUUUAUUUCCAUCAAGUCCAUUAAAUAGUUUAAAUACAAAUCGAACAAAUACACGUUCAACAACACAAAUUGUUGAUGUACCUAUCGAAAAGACCAUUGUACCAUUAAGAACAAUGACAGAUUUAUUUCCUUCAUUUUCUUAUACAAAUAUGAAAAUAUCAAAUAAAAAAUCAUCAAAUUUUUUAAUAAAUACAACAAAUCAAAUAUCAACAAGUACAACUGGUGUAUCAAUAUUUGGUUUUCGUAAUGAAGAUUUAGAAUUAAUUAUUCAACAAUUUCAAGAUAUUGGUCAAAUUGAAGAAAUUCAACGACCUUUAGGUUGUGAAAAUGGAAAUUUUUUAAAUAUAAUUUAUACAAAUCAUGUUUCAUAUCAAAAUGCUCUUAAUAGAAAUGGGAUAAUUUUUAAUGGAUAUAUGAUUGGUGUUGUACCAUUAAUUAAUAAAUAA